CUGAAUUCAGCAUACACAACUGAAUUCAGCAUACAUAACUGAAUUCAGUUUGUGCACGCAACGGAAAGCACAGCAAGCAGGGCAAGCAAGCAAGAUGAUGGAAGAGGAGGGAACAUCGAGUGUGCCCAGCGGCGAGACGUCUGGAGCAACGAUGACGACGACGACGACGACGACGACGACGACGACAGCCACAGCUCAGCAAGGCGAAGAAGUCGCGACAGCAUCGGGCAUGGAACAGGGACAGCAAUCAACGGCCACCACGAUGACACCAGCACAACAGGAAACACACACUCCGCCUGCACAGGAACAAGCGCAGGCGCCAUCAAGUUCCACCACGACGGGAACAGCAACCGCAACGAUGUCUCAAACGACGCCACCCACACAGGAAGACUCAGCAGGGGACACAUUAGGGGCCAUACCAAGGACAUCAGCAACGAGGCAACGGCACGCCACGGAGUGUAGCAGCGACAUGGAUGUGGAAGGCAUGACGGAGCAAGAGCACACGCUCACCAGCCGAUGGAACGCCACCUCCUUUGCAAAGGAGGGCCGUGCCAUCUCACUGGUGCUGGCAACCGUGCGCGACAACAUCGCCUCAUUCCAGCAACGCCCGCUGCGUACCAACAAGUUCCUCAAUGUCCUCAUUGUGGCGGAGCGCAACUUGCUUGCCGUGGAGCAGGAUGCCUUUGAAGUCGCCAAGUUUGCGCCCGCCUACGACAUCACCGAAAACUUCCCGUACAAUGGGUUCCGCAGUCAGCUAAAGGCCUUUUUCCGGUUGCUUCAGAAGUUUCACCACACACUGCUUGAAUGCCGCAAUGAGCGAGACAAUCUGUUCUUCAACGCCGACAGCAUCUACUCCAGCAUCGAGGACUACGGUGUCGCCAUGCUCGAGGCGUUCCGCAUCACGUUUGCGUCGAGUGUGCGGCUGCACUCGUUGCUGAAGGGAAAGCGCCUGUUCUGCCGCGCAACCGAUGAUCCCCUUGCGCAAGAGCUCGUGCGUGUGUCGCGAAGUGUCGACAUCAGCUGUUUCUACGGUCGCCGCGCUGGCUUCCACCUCCCGGACCAGAUUGCCACUGUCAUGCAGGUGAUUUUGGCGGCGAUGGCCGGCUUCCGGCACAACUUCCACAACACACAGCGCUCUCCAAACGCGUUCUUCCGCGGUCUCGCGUCUGCAGUCGCUGCUGUACGAUACGUCAUCACGCCCGACGACCAAGCACGCGACCUCGUGGCGCAGAUGCGUUCGCACUCCGUUUCGUUCGUGAAAUCGUUCUGGAAUUUGACGGAGAGCACGCUGGCGCGCAACAUGCCCAAAGUCACAGGCCCGUCACUGGCUAUCAACCACGUGUUUCCAAUUCAGGGGUACCCCAUCUUGCACAAUGGACCUGUGGGAACCAUCCCUGUCCUCCCGGAUGUUGUUUCCACCCUCGGCAACGACAUUCAUCAGCGUGCGCUUGCACAGCAGAGCAAAUACGUCACACCAGACACGCAUGCAACACAACAGGCGGACAGCACGCCAGCAGAACCCACAACCAGCACGACGGCGCCAACAACAGCAGCGUCAACCAAUCCAUCUGACACCAGCACCUCCAGCAGGAGUGGCGGUGCGCGUGUGUCGAGUGCAUACGCGGGGCUGGUGCUGAAGUACGCACACGACAUGGAGGGCAGCGGGAGCACAGCAGAGUUGCAGCGGCGGGCGGCAGCAAUUCGCACGGACGUGGACGCAAUGAAGGAAGAGGGGACCAUAUCUCCGCUCGAGCACGCGGCGCUGACUGCGGUGCUUGCACGCAAGUACGCGGGCGUGAAGCGGAGCAUUCACAAGGAGGCGGAGGCGGUGCGCGGUGGACUCGCUGGUGUUGGGCAGCUGGCACGCGAUGCUGAACCAAGCACGACCACACCAGCAGCAGCGACAACAACGACAGCAGCCGCAACGGCUUCGGCAGAAGGAAGGCCGGGAGCCGAUGGGGAAGGUGGUGGUGGUGAUGAUGGUGAUGGUGAUGGUGCUGUGUUUGAUGGCGAUGACAGAGCGCGUGCAAUGCAGAAGGAGAAGCAGGAGGAUGUGAGCAGCGCGGAGCAGGAACAGGGACACAACCACACCAGUGAUGGUGGUGAUGACGAUGAUGGCACUGCCACCACACCCACGCCGCCCGUCGAUGAGAAAGAGUAUCUUGCGACGUCGUUUGCCGUCAAGUUGAUCAGCGAUAUCUCGCUCGGUUCCCGCACUUCUGUCUCAGAUGACUUUGACACGCGAGCAGAGAGUCAGGCGCCAAACUUUGGAACGAUCCGCGCCCGUCUCCUCUCCGCCAAGCGGCGGGAAGGGCAGCAGCCGGCCGGCGUUGGGCGGAACGUUGCACCUGCAAGUGACACGCUCAUCUUCCAUCUGCACGGUGGUGGGUUCAUUGCCAACUCGAGUGCAUCGCACGAGGUGUAUCUUCGCGACUGGGCGGCGCACUUUGACUGCCCCAUCCUCAGCAUUGACUACGCUCUCUCUCCCGAGCACGCCUACCCAAGACCAGCGCAGGAGGCGUUCUUUGCGUAUGUGUGGGCGCUGGAGAAUGCGCAUGCGCUUGGAUGGACCGGCAAACACGUUUUGGUGACGGGCGAUUCAGCCGGUGGAAACUUGACUGUUUCCCUCACUCUCCGCUGCAUUUUGGAGGGCGUACGCCUCCCUAACGCAAUCAUGCCGUUUUACCCGGCGCUAAAUGUCAACUUGGCGCUGUCCUCGUCACGCAUGUUGUCUAGUCUGGACACGCUGCUGAACCAAGGCGUGCUUGAGACCUGCCUAGCAGCCUAUGCUGGGCAGAAGGUGUCCACGCUUGACAAGGUGGAGAUCACGGACAUGCUCAUGUCGCCAUACCAUGCCCCGGACCACAUUCUUCAGCAGCUGCCGUUCACCGUCAUUGUUGGGCUGGAGAACGAUCCUCUCCUCGAUGAUGCGCUUGCAUUCGCCCUCCGCCUCAGAGAGCUUGGCGUUGGGCACGAGCUGUUUGUGUACGAGUCCGUACCACACGGCUUUCUCAACUUCAAGGACGCCUCUCGCGCAACACAUGUCGUCUUCAAGAAAACGCUCAAGAUCAUGGAGCGUUUGCUGCAACACACGGACACACGCACGCCGCCCUCGUCAUCAUAGUCGAUGCGCCCACACACAGACACACACACACACACACACACACACACACAGACGCGCGCACACACAC